AUGCUAACCCGUUUCGGUAGCCACACUACACGGACGUUCUCCGCUACUACAGCUUCACUAUCUCCCACAAUGGUCGUGCCCGCAGACCAGACGCUUUUAUUCACGCUUCCUUUAGAGCUCCGUGAACUGAUAUACAGAGCUGUGCUUUCAUCGCCUUUGGAUGGUACGGAAUUACUGCGGACCUGUCGAGAGAUCUACUUGGAGGCUCAAAAGUUCCUCUUUGAGCGACCGCUCAGCUUUCGAAGCCAGUCGGUCCUUUUUCACUGGCUAAAUCGAGUCCCACCCGAAUAUCUGCCGCAAGCCAAGGUGCUAUCGCUCAACAUUCAAGAAGUCGACCUCAGGUCGCUACUUAGCGCACCAGCUCUGGUCAGCCAUCCAGGUGAUCCACCUCGGCUCCUGACAUGGGAACUUUACGAGGCGGAGCUAGAAAGGCUAAACCAUGCUCUGAGACAAUUGCCCAAGAUUCAGAGAAUUAUCAUUCGGGCAGUAUCGGGUCGACAGUCGUUUCUAUACCGCGAAUGCCUCCAAAGGUUCUUGGGAAUGUUAGGCUCCUUGUAUCCGGACCUUGUGGAUAUCAGCUUAGAAGGUAAAUUCCACCACCAGAGCCUGUCGUUCUUGUCGAGUUUCAAAAAGCUAGAGGCUUUCUCGUUUGACGGCUUCUCUGCCUCCUCGCCGAGCGAGACGGCUGGGGUACUGGCUGGCUUGCAACGUCUCACAAGUUUGUCGCUCGUCUCCCAGGGUACCAUGCUUUCUCCAGGUUCUCAUAUGCACAGUGACUAUACAGCUAAACGCCAGUCUUUCACUGGUGGCGUCGUUAACAAAAUGGACAACCUCACUUGCUUCUCAGUCACAGAAACCAUUCCAGUUUCGGCGCCCACCUUGUUCUUUACGCCUGAGAUCCUAAACUCGCUACAAAAACAUCAAAGCCUGAGGAAACUAAAGGUCUGUCUGUCCCAGACUCCAGAUCAUGACACCCUGACAGCCAUGCGGAGCUUCCUAGAACAUACACAGAUCAGGAUUCUAGACCUUGAUUGGCCGGACUUGGAACCCAAUGCUGUUGGGACCUUCUCGCUGAUGCCCGAAUGUCUCGAGGAACUUUGGAUAAGAGCAAAGAGCACAGCAGAUGCGUUUGAUAUCAUCUGGUCUAUCGCCGAAAGCCGGAAAGCAGGAGAGGUACAAGCUUUGUACGAGCUCGUUCUUGUGCGCACCACACAGAUGUACGGCAUCAUCAGCCCGUUCGGCAACGAAAGAAAAGACAGCGGCGCAGAAGGAACUACGGAGUACGCCGAUACUAUGUGCCCUGCCCCGAAUGAGACGGAAGCGAUCAAUCUUGGUCGGGCACAGAGGUGCUUACAAGUCUUGGGUGUGCGAGUCUCAUGGUAUACCGAACAAUGUUGA